AGUCUUCCCUCAGAGAUGGCCCCAGACAGGAAGAUACUUUAUUUUCUUUUUGCUUUUUUCUUCAUUUUGGAUCAAUUACCAUCAGGGUGCAAGGCAGGACUUGAUUAUGCCCAGUUAUUUCCAGGAGGUGAGUUAUCUGUCUGUGAGCCAUGCAGGCUUGGUCGGGGCAAGUGUAGAAAGAUGUGCUUGGAGACUGAGAAGAUUGCUGGAUAUUGCAAGGUGAACUUCUUCUGCUGCCAAGAGAGAAUCUUAUAA